ACAAAUAUAAAAAGAAGAAAACAGUAUAAUAUAGUUACCCUUUAAACGUUAAUUUGAGCUGAAGUCUCGUCUAAACAUCCUUACUUUUCUUACAGUUGAGGCUCCAAUGUUAUUGGAUCACCAAAUCCGCCAUCUUUUUAAUAUGAAGGUCUCCACAGAUAGAAACUGCCAUCAACAAAUUCUCUCUUUUCUUGAACAAUAUAUUGAAAACAGGAAUUGUAAAGUAGAUUCCUUCUUAAUAGACAAAAAAAGUGGAUUCCCUACUCGAGUGCUGAAUAUCGUGCCUUAAAGGCUCGAAGAAAAAAAAAAAAAAUUAGGAAUAUAUAGAAUUGCGCGUCCUUUUCUCGGUUUUUUUUAGUUGUUUUGUAAUAAAAAGGAAUCAGAACAAGAAUAUUUACGAUGAAAAUAUUCGAAAAUUGCCAUUUGUUCCACUACCCUUUUGAAAAAGUUUCCGCUGCCCAUUGGCAAAAAUAUCCAAACGAAUACGCAACCCAUGUAGUUGCGGUAGAUACCUUGGAUCGAAAGGUGCUUCCUGAUACAGGAGUUCUGUACACUGAACGAUUAAUUACUUGCCGUCAAGGUGUUCCACGAUGGAUUCUCAAAUUAGUUGACGGUGCACAGGAAUGCUAUAUUCGAGAAGUCAGCUACAUGGAUUUGAAGUCGCGUACAUUGACGCUUCUAUCCUCCAAUUUGACUUUUAGUGAUCGUCUGCGCGUACAUGAAACCGUAACAUAUUCUCCUCAUCAUGAGUUAAAGGCCACCGUGUUUCGACAAGAGGCGCGUAUCGAGGCUCUCGCAUGCAUGAAGCGCUUGGCUAACCUCGUUGAGCAAUGGUCAGUAGACCGUAUAAGCCAGAAAGCCUCCGUUGGCAAAUUGGGAUUUGAAAAUGUUUUGAAACAAAUCAAUCUAUCCGUGUUCCAUCAGCUUCCUGUAACUUCUUCCGAUGCAAAUUCAUAAAAUCUGGUUAACGGAAAACCUGGGACACAUCUACUUUACUCUUUCUUUUCUUUUUUUAAGGCCGCCUAUCUAUUUCUUUUACUCCUCUCUUCAAUUUAACAGGUAUUUAAAAGUUACUAUCAUUCAAAAAUUUACUAGAAACUUUCUGCAUAGCCAGAUGCGACUUUUAUUUUGGUUUUCGUUUUCGUUUUUACUUUGACUCUGACUUUUGACUUCAAGCGUUGUUUCAGGCUUUUUCUUUUCGAUUGACGAAUUAAUUUCAGAUCUAUAUCUUAUCCUUAAUCUCUUGAAUUUUAUUAAAAAGAAGAAAAUAGUUACUUGUUUAGGAUUUGAGCUGUUCAACCUUGACAAAGCAGAAACUCAAAAUCACCUGGAUAUAAUAAUGGUUGUAAUCAAAGGUUAAACUCUCAAAAUCUUGUGAUUAUGUUGGCAGUGUAAUUUACCUGUCAUUCUUUUAGAUAUAAUACAUCACCAUUCUUAUAAGUGUUGAUUUUUGUCGCUGUUGGUCGACAAGGAAAACCCAGUGUGAAAAUUACCCUGAAGCACUUCUGUUGAAAAGUACUGCUCCUCAUCAUUUGUAUACAAUGUGAUUAAUAAAAGGUCAUUCAUGAGGUAUUUCCCCUUAAUGAAUUAUAAACAUUAGUCCAGAAUUGGUUUUGAUUUACACGGAAAUAAACAACGACAUAAAAAGAAACCCUUUCUAUAAAAGAAAAGUAAAUUAAUUAUAAAUCAACCAGCUCUAUUUAGUUUCUUUUAUUAAUUAUUUUCUUUAGUACAUUUAUUUUCAAUUGAAUGUACUGUAAUAUAAUACGUCCAUCUAGUA